UGGUUUAUUUUCGUCAUUUUGGUUUGUUCAGUAUUUUUUCUUAUACACUCUUACGAUAUUCCUAAAUUUUAUGCAACUGUGAGUUAGAUUUAAUUAAUUAAAUUUAUGUGAUUUGUACACAUUUUUUCUAUAUAUCAUUUUAAAGUCCUAAGAAAUAAAAUUUGUUGUAUUUAAUAAAGAAACUGCGUUUUUAAAAGUUUGAUAUUUUACUGGGCCAAAGUCAAGAAUGUGUAGUCAGUAAGUGGCCUCUUUGUAGAAAAAUUAGACGUAGAAAUAUUUAUAAGUGUUUCAAAGGGUCGUAUGAAAAUGACUCACUUUAGACGUGAUAUUACGUACAGUGCAUUAAACAACGAAUUAGUUCCACCAUUAGCAGCAUCAGCUGAAAAUGCAAAUGCUUCUCCUACUGUGAUAUCUCUAGACCAUGAACAUGACGACUCCACCAAUGUUAUAAUUCACAAAGUACCACAAACUAAGGGAGGAUGGAAUCACAUACACAAUUUAGACUCCUUUUUUACAAGGAUGUACAGAUAUUAUGUACGAGGUGGCUUCUAUCCAAUGAUAAUGUCAGAUUUCUUUUAUUUGAUACAAUUUAUAUUUAUUGUAUGGUUUUCCACAUUUUUGGUACAUUGUGUAGAUUAUCAAAAAUUAUUUAGGAAUGACCCUAAUGCAAACAGAAGCGAGAAACUUAGUUUAAGUGAUGUCAUAUUACCAACUGCAGAAUGUGUCAGCUGUGUAUCCUGGCAAUGGUGGUGUCUCACAGUACUGUGUUCCAUUAUUUGGCUUAUGAGGCUGUUUAUAUCAAUGUAUCAUCUAUAUUAUGCUUAUGAUACGAAAUUAUUUUAUAAUAAUGCUUUAAGGAUCAAUGAGAACGACUUGGCUUGGGUGAAUUGGACUACAAUCCAAGAUAGAGUGAGGGAGGCCCAGUCUGAACAUCAUAUGUGUGUUCACAAGCAGGAAAUAAAUGAGUUGGACAUUUAUCAUAGAAUACUCAGGUUUAAUAAUUAUAUGGUGGCAAUGAUUAACAAGAAUUUAUUACCUCUGCAAAUACAUGUGCCUUUUGUUGGAGAUUUCCAUUAUUUAUCCAGAGGUCUUAAAUGGAAUUUGGAGUUUCUUUUAUUUUCUAGUCCCUGGAGUCCUUGGGAGAACUGCUGGCAGCUCCGCUCCAACUACAAGGACCCCACAAAGCGUAUGAUGCUCGCUCGACAGUUAGAGAGACAGAUAUUGUUACUGGCAUUGGCUAAUCUGGUCCUCGCACCGUUGAUACAGGCAUGGCAGAUAUUGUACUUCUUCUUCAAUUAUGCCGAGCUUAUAAAGAGAUCGCCAGGAUCGUUAGGACUCCGCACGUGGUCUUUGUACGCAAGAAUAACGUUGCGGCAUUUCAACGAACUCGAGCACGAGCUAAGGGACCGGCUGAAUCGUGCCCACAAACCUGCAACUAAAUAUCUGGCUAGCUUCAGUUCACCCAUCACAACGGUGAUCGCUAAGAAUAUCGUGUUUUUAUCAGCGAGUAUUCUGGGAGUGCUGGUGGUCCUCUCGGUGUAUGACGAAGACGUGCUGACGGUGGAACAUGUGCUCACUAUAAUCACUAUAUUGGGCUGCAUACUUGCUGGAGCCAGGGCGCUGAUAGGUGACGAGGAGCACCUCGGCGGCGGGUGCACGGGGCCGGCGCGCGGCGAGGAGCUGUUCGUGCAGGUGCUCGGCCACGUGCACUACCUGCCAGCCGCGUGGCGAGGCCGCGCGCACACCAAGGACGUGGCCGCGCACUUCCAGCAACUGUUCCAGUUCAGAGCGGUAUACAUACUGUUCGAGUUACUGAGUCCGUUGUUAUGUCCGCUGGUCUUGUUCUCACUUCGUACUCGGGCACUCGAUAUCGUGGAUUUCUAUAGGAACUUUACCGUCACAGUCCUUGGCAUUGGUGACGUGUGCUCUUUCGCCCAGCUUGAUAUAAGACGCCAUGGUCAUCCAGAUUGGCAGACACCAUUGAAAUACGACAAACUGAAAGCUGGCAAUACUCAAUACAACCAAGGCGAAGGUGGCAAGACUGAGUUGUCGUUGGUUGCCUUUUCAUGCCGACACCCCGGCUGGCAACCCGCCGAGCCGGCGCAGAGACAAUUCUUGAGAUCACUGAGGCAGAGUAUGCAUCAUGCGAUACCAAGUAAUACCAAUGGAUUGAAUAGAACCAUGUUGGGAUCAUAUAUUCAACAGAGUAUAUUUGGCGUGAAUACACCUUUACCCGCUGUUCUCUCAUACUACCAGCAACAUAAGACACAGUACAGAUUACCGGACAUGGACGAGACAAGCGACGAGGAGGAGUCGGCGUCGCGCGCGUCGGUCGCGGGCGCGGGCUCGGCGCUCGGCGCGAGCGCGCUCGGCCUCGAGCCGACCGCCGAGCCGCCGCCGGACGAGGCGCGCGACAUGUCCGUCAGCGCGCUGCACCUGUACGACCUGCAUCUGUCGCAGGGCGGAGGGAACGUGUCGUGCUGUACGAACAACUGCAGCGAGCGGCGGUCGCGCUUCGUGAGCGGCGAGCAGACGCCGUUGCUGCGCCCAUAACGAUGGUGUUUGUCGCCCCUCGAUAGGCCCGUAUGGGUCUAGCCCUGGGUAUAAUGUGCCGCUGUCUAGUGUCGGUUUAGGAACGAUUCGUACGUAGGCUGCGGAAGCUGUGCACAUGCUGAGUGGAACUAUAAAAUAUUAUAAACAUCUAAUAAAUCGUAAAGAAGACUAAGGUUACGACUCGGAUCGAGUGUCUGGUUCUGUUUCACGGGAACAUUCGUGACAGUUGUCUUAUUCUGGAUGGGGUUUAAUGAAAUAAAUGAGUUUAUUUAAAUAGUUGACUGGUCGUUCCGCCCAGGUCAAACCGGAUAAAAAAUAUAUAUAUAUAUUAUCAUAUCAAGCAUAUCUCACUACCUGAAAACGUGGCUUUCUAUCAGUAACAUAAUCUUUUUAAUCGGUUCAGUAGUAUAGAGAUUACCACUAAAACGUCAUUGAACUCACAAAUUCAUAAACUUAACCUCUUUGUAAUGUUAGUGUGAAUUAGUUUAUGUUCACCAAAGUUUAUAUAACAGCCAUAAAAAUAUACUAUCAAAUAUUUAUUACUAUCAAAUAUAUAUAUAGUAUUUUGAAAUUUUAAGCUUCUCGUGAUACUCAGUUAUGUGGACAGUUUCCAAAGCUAAAGUAAAGGUGCCGUAAUCAUUUGUUUGAAGAUGACAAUUAUAUCUCGAACAAUAAUCCCAUUUAAUUUCGUCUUGCAUGUAUUACUUUUGAUACUGUUGCAUCAUAGUUUAAAUGUAAUUUUUAAAAUUUUUAAAUUAAGCACCUAUAGAUACCAUCGAUAAUGUUAAUUGUGUUCAUUCAUUGUAAUUAAAAGCUAAAAAUAGGUUUAAUUGAAUAUUUUGUUCGGGGAUUACUGUUGAAAGGUGCGUUGAAAGUCAUGCUAUUCAAUGUACUUGAACAAAAUGCUAAGUGCCUGAAUAAAAUAAAAAUAGCUGUAUGAAAUCGGAAAUGUAUAUUAAUAAUUUAUUAUUAUAUUGUGGGCUUACUCCUGUGAACAGUAAUCCCUAUUUCAGUCUUAACACUUGGUAUUAUUUUAAUGAUAGAUAAAGCACACAGCCGUAUCAGAUGUUUAUGAAAGAAUAUCUACAGCAAAUUAUUAGUUAGUGUGAAGUUGUAUAGUUGGAAAAUGAAACAAAGAUAAAUGAUAAAAAAGGAUUUUCCCUAAUUUGGGCUAGGUGUGAAUAGACAGUUUACAUGUGCACUUUAUAUCCAGGUCUUGCUAUUCAUUGACACACAUUUUUAUAAGUCUAUAUAUUUGCGUCGUUCGUCAUUCGAUGGUGGCUAUGCUUGAAUAUUAAUCGUUGCUGUUGGUGUGAUGAUAGAACAAAAGUAAGGUAUUGGGAAGUUUUAUGAAAAAAAAUAAAAAAAAACUAGAGUAUAGAUUUGGCUGUGUCUUGUGCGGCUUUCAUAAAAAUGUUGUCAAUGAAAAGCUCACGAGGGGCUCUUUGUUUAUAAUCAAUAAUGUAAUUAAUGUAACUGGCAAAUGUUUUUUCUGAUAUUCAUUCAUUAAGUGUGAUUCAAUUUUCGUAUUACCAAUGUGGUAAUAAAGAUUCGAAUCGCUUAUCAGAUUUAUAUGUAAUCAGAAACAAAAUUAGUCAACAAAUAAUGACUUUAGUAUAGCGUAUUGUAUUUUAUAGUAUCACGUCUAGAGCAGUCAUUUGUAAUAACGCACAUCAAUUUUUUGAAAUUAAAAGCGUAUAGUGAGCGAUUUUGUAAAUAUUUACGAUUAUAUUUUGUACAAAAGUUUAUACAUACGUUUCGGAUAUUUAGGAUACUUCCAUUUUAAAAUAAAUCUAGCUGUUCAUUAGCGUUUUUAAGGGAUUUUUAUGUAAGCGUGUAAAUCGUAUAGUGAUUGAUUCUAAGAUUCCCUCGAAACCAAAGUUGUACCUGUACGUUCGAAAUUGUAUACAUACAUCAUAAUACCGAUUUCAAUCCCUCUUUGAAUUGCUGUAGGCUUACGGAAGCCGAGAGCACUCGUACUUUAAAAUUAUAUAUAAAUACACCUUAAAUGAAGCGGAUGGUUACAGAUGAUACCCAGCUACGAUAAUGUGAUAUAACAUGUGUUAUCUGAUAAGUUCGUGUUUUGUUUUAGUAAGUACGCAAUACCGCUAUAUUUUCAUAUCUAUAAAAUUUUGCAAAAUAAAGACAACGAAACUUCAUAUUUAAGAAUUUGCAUAGAUAUUGUCGGAUCGUUUAAAAUAAUGAAAAAAAAAAGAAAAAUAUUCGCUCGCAAUAAAUUAUACAUGGAUUUAAAAAUAAUAAAACAUUUGCAAAACCUAAAACAAUAGCUAACCAUAAUGGCUUUAAUAUGUAGUGAUCCUAAGUGUAGCAGCCGUCUGUGGUCUCAUUGUUUUCUUCCAUUAAUAAUCGUAGAUCUUUCUACAAAAUAUAUGUCAUAUGACAUUUAAAUUCAAUUCAGGCAAUAUUAGAUAUGAUGUAAUGAAUAAAAAUAAAUAUAUUUAUUGUACACUAUUUUCAAUUUUAUAAAAUGAGAUCAGCACCAACAUGUACGGAGGGCGGUCUUAUAGCUAUAAGCGAUCUCUCCCAGAUAAUCCAGAUAAAAUAUUGGUACAUACUUUAUGUAUAAGAC